GCAAUUGCCAUGGAGACGAGCUAGGCCAAUGCAGUGGGCUGUGCCCGCUGAGCUGAUCCUACUGCGGGAGUAGGGCGCGCUGGCCCCCGCUUCGUCGUGUUUCUGGUAACCGGUUUUUAAUGGACACAGCCUAGCAGAAAGAUGCAGCCUUUAUGUCUCACUGGCCGCUGACCCACCAGCCUGAUGACAGCACCUCCAUGUACCUUCCCAGUUCAGUUCCAACAGCCCUCGGUCAGUGGCCUCUCACAGAUCACCAGCAGCCUGUAUAUCAGCAAUGGGGUGGCCGCCAACAACAAACUUAUGCUCUCCAGCAACCGGAUCACCUCGGUUAUCAAUGUCUCAGUGGAGGUGGUGAAUACCUUAUAUGAGGACAUCCAGUAUGUACAGGUGCCUGUGGCUGACACACCCAUGUCGCGUCUCUGUGACUUCUUUGACCCCAUUGCUGACCACAUCCACAGUGUUGAGAUGAAGCAGGGCCGCACGCUGCUCCACUGUGUGGCUGGUGUGAGCCGAUCAGCUGCCCUUUGCCUUGCCUACCUCAUGAAGUACCAUGCCAUGUCCUUGCUGGAGGCCCACAUGUGGACCAAAUCUUGUCGGCCCAUCAUCCGACCCAACAAUGGCUUUUGGGAGCAGCUCAUCCACUAUGAGUUCCAGCUAUUUGGCAAGAACACCGUGCACAUGGUCAACUCCCCUAUGGGAUUGAUCCCUGACAUCUAUGAGAAGGAGGUCCGUUUAAUGAUUCCACUGUGAGCCAUGCCACCAGCUCCUGCUCCAGGGUCAGAAAUGCAGAUCUGCUGUUGAUCCUACACUAAGAUCUAAACUUAAAUAUUCUCCUUUUGUGAUACAGAAAAGAAAAAAAAAAACAACAAA